AUGGAUUCCGUCGAAUUAAAGGAUUCGAAUCCUUGUUCGGAUACUAUAGAGCAACCUCCUCCUUCCUCCGAUUUCUCCAAGGGAGACGACACUGCUUCGGAUCAUCGGAAAAAUCCUCAGAUGUCGUCUCCUGAGGGUUUAAUCGAUUCUUCUGAACUUGUACCCGAUACCAACGGUUCUACAGCAAAGCCCGGAUUGGUAUCGGAGAACGGCGUUAGUGGCACCCAUAAGGAUCAAUCCGGUGGAGAGGAUGAGACUACAGGGCGGAGCCGCCGUCGUAGCCGGUGGGAUCCUCCGGCUUCUGAGUCUUCGAUUAGUAACCCGGAAGGUGGUACUGGAACGAGAAAGCGCAAGUCGAGAUGGGCAGAUGAUGAACCGAAGCCAGUGAUUCAGCUACCCGAUUUCAUGAAAGGUAUCGAGUUUGAUCCUGAGAUUCAGGGAUUGAAUACUAGGUUACUUGAGAUCAGUAGGAUUCUGCAGUCUGGUAUGCCUUUGGAUGAUAAACCUGAAGGAAAUAGGUCUCCUUCACCAGAACCUAUUUAUGAUAACUUUGGAAUUAGGAUAAACACUAGAGAGUACAGAGCAAAGGAGAGAUUGAAUAGAGAAAGACAAGAAAUCAUUUCUCAGAUUAUCAAGAAGAAUCCUGCUUUUAAACCCCCGGCGGAUUAUAGGCCUCCUAAGCUCCAGAAGAAGUAUUUCAUCCCGAAGAAGGAAUAUCCUGGAUACAACUUUAUUGGUCUUAUUAUUGGUCCCAGAGGAAAUACUCAGAAGAGAUUGGAGAAGGAAACAGGUGCUAAAAUCGUAAUUCGGGGUAAAGGGUCUGUUAAAGAAGGCAGGCUCCAGAAAAAUAAGGAUGUAAAAUACGACCCCUCGGAGAACGAGGAAUUGCAUGUUUUAGUGGAGGCUGAGACUCAGGAAGCUCUUGAAGCUGCUGGUGGUAUGAUUGAGAAGCUACUGCAACCUGUUGACGAGGGGCUGAACGAACACAAGAGGGAACAGCUCAGGGAACUUGCCACCUUGAAUGGAACUAUUAGGGAUGGAGAAUUAUGUAGAAUGUGUGGUGAGACAGGGCAUAGACAAUAUGCGUGUCCUACUGCUCGUACAAAUACCUUUAAGAGUGAUGUUCUUUGCAAGUUUUGUGGUGAUGGUGGACAUCCUAGUAUUGAUUGCCCGGUGAAAGGUACAACUGGGAAGAAAAUGGAUGAUGAGUAUCAGAACUUUUUGGCAGAGUUAGGAGGAACUAUCCCUGAACCUUCUCUCAAACAGAGUACGACCUUGGCUCUUGGUCCGGGAAGUGAUCCUCCGUGGGCUAAGGCUAGUGCACAUCCUGGCUUAGGGUCAACUCCGACCAAUCCCUCAAAAGACUAUGAUGAAACAAAUCUGUACAUUGGGUUCUUACCUCCGAUGCUCGAGGACGAUGGUUUGAUAAAUCUUUUUUCAUCCUUUGGUGAAAUUGUGAAGGCAAAGGUAAUCAAGGACCGUGUGUCUGGUCUAAGCAGAGGCUAUGGUUUCGUCAAAUACGCUGAUGUUCACAUGGCCAAUUCUGCUGUCCAUGCAAUGAACGGCUAUCGGUUAGAAGGUAAAACACUUGCUGUCAGGAUUGCAGGUAAACCGCCACCGCCAACCGCACCUCCAGGCCCUCUGCCACCAACUCAAGCUUAUCCUCCUCCCGUAGGCUAUUCAACAGCUCCGGUUCCUUGGGGUCCUCCUGUUCCUUCCUAUUAUCAGUAUGCUCCUCCUCCUGUCCCUGGUCAACAUUUGUCUCCGUAUGGAAUGCACUACCCACCACCACCUCCUCCUCAUGUGACACAAGCUCCUCCACCUGGCACUGCUCCUCAAUACCCAUCGUCUAAUGAAAGCCAACAAAGCUUCCCACCAGGGGUACAAGCAGAGGAUGGUGCUCCUGCUUCAUCUGGGCCACCAAAUGUCUAUGUGAGCUCAGUUACAGGUAUGCCUGGACAGCCUCCAUAUAGUAGUUAUCCAUCUUAUUACAAUGCUGCUCCACUGCCAGUGCCAGUGCCAGUGCCGGUCUCGUCUACUGAUCAUUACCAAAGCAUGAGUAAUCCUCCUAUGGCACCCACUGUUGGCUAUUCACAGAGCAUGGGGAACGUACCCUGGCCUCCCGAGCCUCCAGUACAACCACCUACAGAGAAUCCAUCCGCGGUUGGAGAUUCUGAGUAUGAGAAGUUCAUGGCCGAGAUAAAGUAG